GAUAUGACCGCAUAACCACAGGACCCAAACUUUAGCUAGUAGCAGUUAACUGUAGCACAACAGCUAAUCUGUCAAUAUUCAAAAUAAAAGCUGUAGCAAGCACGUUAUUUUGUGUAUCACCAUUUUCGACGUCGAUAUGGAGCUGUAGGCAGGCUAUAUAAACAGAGAUCUCUUCUCUUUCAGCGUUGAGGAAUGGUCUGACUGCAGCAGUACCAGUAAAGAUGCACAGCCGUCUGCAGGAGUUGAAGAAAGAAGAGGAGACUCUCCUCAAAAUCAAAGUCAUGUUACAAGACCAGCUGAACAGGCUGAAGUUUGAGGAAGGGGCCUUGAAAUCUAUCAUUAAUGCCCAAACAGAAGAAGGAGCAUCUCAGUGCUUUUCCCCGGAAACUGAGGUACAUAUUAACCUUGAUGAUGAGGGUGAGAUCAAUCGAACCAAACUGCUACUGAAUGCCGCUGUAGAUUGUGAUAUGGAGGAGGAGGAGGAGGAAGAUGAAGAGGAGGAAGACGAAGAGGAUGAAGAUGAUGAUAAUGAAGACGAUGAUAAUGGGCUGGAGUUUGUGCCUGAAGAGGACGAGGACGAUGAUGAGUACUGAGGUUCUAAGUGUUUCAUGGGGCUGCAACAUUUGCACCAAUGAGAAUAACCACAUGUAAACGGACGUCUGUUGAUUUGUUCACCUGUUUUGUACUAUCACUUAGGAGGUUUAAUUUAUUUGGAUGGAGUGAGUAACAGUUACAGUGUAAUGAUGUGUGGUGCUAACAGUAUCCUCUCCUUUGCCCGAUUUAAGGCAAGUCCUCCAGAUUUCAUGUUAGAAUUGAAUUCCUGUGUCAAAUUUUGUGAGAAAUGUCUCACUGAAAUGCAGUAAGACAGUAUUAUUAGGUGCUUUUAGCUUAUGACAAAUAUUGUGCAUUCUGAGGAUUAGCAUUAAAAUGUAUGGCUGGGCCAUAUAGAAGAAAGUGUGUAUGCAGAUGUAAGAAAUGAUAAACGUAAGCACAAAAUAAAAUGUUUUGCAUAGGG